AUCAGAUCCCAAAACCCUAAGGAGAGAAACUAUGGAUCUCUCAGACAUAGCGAAGAGGCUUGACCUCUCCGACUCCAAGCAAGUCGUCCGCAGAGCCGCCGAGCUCCGCCGCCUCUGCGACAUCCAGUUCGACUCUUCCGUCAUCGGCGUCGGUGAGGUAUGUAAGGCCGUGAUCUGCUUAGAAAUCGCCGCAACGAGGGCGGGGAUUUUGUUUGAUCGGCAAAAGGCGGUCAAGUUGAGUGGGAUGUCGGAGAAGGCUUAUACUAGAUCGUUUAAUUCAUUGCAGAAUGGCCUUGGCGUCAAGAACAAAUUGGAUGUUAGAGAAUUGGCGAUUCAGUUUGGAUGUGUUCGGAUUAUUCCUUUCGUGCAGAAGGGUUUGUCGCUUUACAAGACUCGGUUUCUUGCAUCAUUGCUGCCUUCUCGGCGGGCUGGUGCUGACUUCACUAGGCCUGUGUUUGUUGCUGUAGCAUUCUAUUUAUGUGCAAAGAAGCACAAGCUAAAAGUAGACAAGAUUAAGUUGAUUGAGCUCAGUGGUACUUCUGAAGCUGAAUUCUCUUCGGUUUCUGUUUCUAUGAAGGACUUGUGUUUUGAUGUUUAUGGCACCGAAAAGGAAAAGAAAGAUCCCAAGGAGAUCAAGGGGAAUCGAGAACUUCUAGAUGUUUUGCCAGAGAAAAGGAAACUUGAGGACGGUGGUUAUUCAUCUGAUGAAGGAUCUGAGCCUUCAAUGUAUAAGAAGCGCAAAACAAUGGACAAGCAGGCCUAUGAGAGUUGGAAGAAAACUGUUGUUGCAUCCAAUAAACAAACCAAGGCAAAAGUUCUUUCCAAGCGGACCACACAAAUUGGCCUAAGCAGCUUUCUGAAGAAAGCACCUGAUACCCAGAAUUUGGAGCCUACUUAG